AACGGAGCGACAGUGGGCUUCCCAUGCGGGGGAUGCUAAGAAUGACAGGAAGAAAGUGAUCCUAUUCUGGAAACAUCUGGAUAUACAUUCAAAACAUGUCUAUAUGGCAAAUGGAUAUACAAGAUUAUCAUACUUGGACUCAUUGAAGAUACCAAGGAAUCGGGAUAUAGUAAGUGAGAAAAUAUAUACUUUCAUGUUUUACUAAUCCUCGAAACUGAUUCAGUGAAAACCGAAACCUCAUAACUUGUUGAAAGGUCAAUUGUUUUGUAAAAUUGUAUGUAGUAGCUAAACACAUGAAAGUAAUAAAGCAAAAAAUCUGUGUCUUCAGUCAAGUUAAUAAAGAUAUAGAAGCUAAAUGUAACGAGAAGUCUUUGUCGGUUAAGAUAUUGUUGGCGUAACGUGUUAGAUGUGUUUGAUGUAACAUGUUAGAGCAACAAGCAUCAAUAUUAAUGCCAGAUAUUUAUUAUAUUCUAACAUACAGAGAGUGGAUCGCCUCUUAACAGAAUUGCUCCCUGCUUGACUGACCUGCCAAACUUCCAGCAUGCCAGUUAUAGACCGAGAACGAUCGAAAGACCCAUGGGACAGCGAUGGUCUGCCCAAGCUCCCAGUGCCUGCGCUGAGGGAGACCUUGGACAGGUACCUGAGGUGUGUGAGACACCUGGUUAACGAGGAGGAUUUCAGGCGAACCCACAACAUUGUGGAGAAGUUUGGAGCCCCAGGUGGUGUGGGGGAGCUGUUACAGACAAAACUCUUGGAGAGGAGGGAAAAUAAAGCCAACUGGGUGUAUGACUAUUGGCUUGAGGACAUGUACUUGAACAAUAGACUGGCUCUGCCUGUCAACUCCAGUCCUGUUAUGGUUUUCCCAAAGCAAAACUUCAGGGCUCCCAUCGACUCUCUAAGGUUUGCUGCCCAUCUUAUUUCUGGGGUUUUGGAAUACAAGACUCUACUCGAUGGGCGAGCACUGCCAAAGGACUAUGCCCGGGGCCAAUUGUCUGGGACCCCCCUGUGUAUGGAGCAAUACUUAAGGAUGUUCACCUCCUACCGCCUGCCAGGGACUAAGAGGGAUACGCUGGUGGCCCAGGAGAGUAGUGUGAUGACUGAGCCUGAGCACAUCAUCGUAGCCUGCAAGAACCAGUUCUUUGUGCUGGAUGUGGUGAUCAACUUCCGUCGGCUAAAUGAGAAAGACCUGCUCACUCAGCUGGAGAAGAUCGUCAAAAUGGCUGACAAUGAAGAGGAACGACUCCCUCCCAUUGGCCUUCUCACGUCAGAUGGAAGGACAGAGUGGGCAGUGUCUCGUAGUCUACUGAUAAAAGAAUCUACAAACAGAGACUCUCUAGACAUGAUUGAGCGCUGUCUGUGCCUGGUGUGUCUGGACACCUCCAGUGGGUUGGACCUGACAGACACCGACCGUGCCAUGAUGAUACUGCAUGGGGGAGGAGGUGCCAAGAAUGGCGGCAACCGCUGGUACGACAAGCCCUUGCAGUUUGUUGUAGGGUCUGACGGUUGUUGUGGAGUAGUAUGCGAACACUCCCCCUUUGAAGGAAUCGUCUUAGUACAGUGCUCAGAGUUUCUGCUAAAAUACAUGAAAGGGAGCCCAUCUAAGAUGGUGAGGGCUGACAGUGUGAGUGAGCUGCCUGCCCCAAGAAGACUACGCUGGAAGUGUUCUUCGGAAAUCAACAACCUCCUCUCCUCUUCCACCGAAAAACUACAAAGGCUUACAAGGAAUUUGGACAUGAAUGUCCACAAGUUCCUUGGUUAUGGAAAAGAAUUGAUCAAAAAACAGAAGAUGAGUCCGGAUGCAUUCAUACAGAUUGCUCUGCAGCUGGCCUACCACAGGUGUUAUGGGAGACCCGUUUCGACCUAUGAGAGUGCUUCCAUCCGUCGCUUCCGGGGAGGAAGAGUAGACAACAUACGCUCUGCAACUUCGGAAGCCUUGGUCUUCGUCAAAGCAAUGACUGUUGGAAAAUUAAGUCUCAGUGACAAAGAGAAGAUGGAGAAGUUAAGAGAAGCUAUAUCUGCUCAAACCAAAUACACUAUCCUGGCAAUUACAGGAAUGGCGAUAGACAAUCAUUUAUUAGGACUGAACAAAAUUUCAGAGGAGCUGAAGAUGGAGAAACCAGAGAUAUUCACAGACAAGACCUAUCUCACCAGUAACCAAUUUAUUCUGUCCACUAGUCAGGUCCCAACAACAGUUGAGAUGUUCUGCUGCUAUGGACCAGUAGUUCCUAAUGGGUACGGAGCCUGCUACAAUCCCCAAUCCGACCACAUAAUCUUCUGCGUGUCCAGUUUCCGAGAGAGCACUGAGACGUCUUCUUCAGCCUUCGUCAAAGUAAUUGAGGAGGCACUGUUGGAGAUGAAGGAUCUGUGCAACAAAUUCAACAAGCCUGUAGAGCAGCCCAAGGCCCAAACACUGGAGACACACACACAAACAGACAAAAACUGGCAAAGUAAAACACAAGAGACUGAGCAGAGCACGGUUCCAACACAGGCAGGGGUCCAGGCAAAGCCAGCAGAGCAGACUAAAGUUGAAGCCCAGACACAGACUCCUACACAUGGAGAAUCAAAAGCUGAGAAGAAUAUGCCAGGUAAGCCAUAGAGACAUCCUCAGGAUGGUGUAUACUUUUCUUGAAACCAUGUGGUGUUGUGAUGAAUAACUGUUCAUACAUUACAUACAAAAAAUAACAAUUGCACUAUAUUGCUGGUUAUAUAGACCAGUAAAAUAUGUUAUAUACUUUAAGAUUGGUAUUUAUUGAGGGCAGUUACAUGUAGUCAAGGUAAGGUGUCAAUAAUGUAUUUUGAGACGUUGCAAUAUUGUAGUACAUGUGUAUUCAUGCUGUUAAAAGAAGAAUAUUAUAAUAUUAUAAGAACAUCAAUCAAAUAUUAUUCAGAAAACACGUUAGAAUGUAUUUGAAUGUGCCUGUGACUAAAUGGACCUUGCCUAAUCUGAUUGUUACUGCAGUUGACGUGUCUUGUCUUGUACAAUCAAUACAGAUGGCUCACUAUGAAA